CACUGACCACUGCCUCUGUCUUGUCCUCCGUCACCCACCAUGGCGAAUCACACCCACCACCACCAGCAGCGACCCCUGCUGCCGCGCCUGCACCUCUUUGAGAUCAACGACCAGCCCUGGUUCCCACCCUUCCUCCGCGCCCGCGUCCAGGCCGGCCUCACCCAUGCCUGGACGGCCUACAUCCCGGGUCUCCAGCCCGCCAGCCCAGCCUCGCUCGUCGCCGACAUCCUGCUCUGCACCAUAGGCCCGGACAGGGUCGCCCGCUACACCUUCAUCGACUUCUGCUCCGGCGCCGGCGGACCCACUCCCUCCAUCGAGCGCUCCCUCAACCGCCGCCUCAUCCGCCGUGCCCUUGACGGCGGCGGCAGCGGCGGCGGCGCCGUCCCCGCCGACAAGAAACGUCGCGAGGCCAAGACCCGCCACCAACAGCAGCAACAACAUGAUGGCCCCUCAUACGCAGAUGUCGCCAAGCAGCUGUCAACCUCAGAGGUCUCGCCAAACAACAACAGCACACGCACUGAUCCAUAUGCAACCACCAGCAGCACGGAGCAAGGCGCACCUUCGUACGCCGAGGCGGCCAAGCAGAUCUCCACGGAUGAGGUGUCUCCCAACAGCAACGGCAAGAGUCAUGAUGACGGCUCAGCAGCCAAGAGCAGCAAAGAGGCGAGCACAGAUAGCACACGCGGUCACGACGCGCCUUCGUACGCCGAGGCGGCCAAGCAGAUGUCGACCGAUGAGGUCUCCCCCGCAUCCGCCGCCGCCGCCGCCGCCGCCCAGGAUAAUGGCCACAAGAAGCCCACUAACAAGGACAACGCCAAGGCGGAGAAGAAGAAGAAGAACAAUAAUAUCGCAGAGCCACCUAAAUCUUUCAGCUCAGACUCGCAGGAAGACGACGACGACAACAACAAGGCCGUCCUGGCAGGCGUCGACUUUAUCCUCACCGAUCUCCACCCGCACCUCACCUCCUGGGAGGAGGCAGCCCGCAGCAGCGCCCGGCUGCACUACGUCGCCCGCCCCGUCAAUGCCGCGGCCGCACCCCGCGAUCUAGUCUCACAGGCGACUUCGAGCGUCACCACAACGACACACCCGGGAGACAGCGGUGUACCCGUCCCGGGCCGUGACACCUUCCGCCUGUUCAACCUCGCCUUCCACCACUUUGACGACCCGGCCGCGCGCUCCAUCCUCCGGGACACCCUCGCCACGAGCUCCGGCUUCGGCAUCUUCGAGCUGCAGGACCGCUCCCUCUCAAGCUUCGUCACGUGCGCCAUCUUCGGCGUCGGCGUCUUCCUCUUCGGCUUACCCUUGUACUGGUGGUCCCCCCUCACCCUCUUCUUCAUCUAUGUCGUGCCCCUGGUUCCCUUGGUCCUCGUCUUUGACGGCCUCGUCAGCAGCCUGCGCACGCGCACCCCGGCCGAGGUCGAGGCCCUGCUGAAGUCGUGCGGCAACAAGGACUUUGACGCCGGCAGGUGGGAGGUCCGCAGCGGCCGGGAGAGGUUCCUCUGGCCGACGGGCCACUUGAACUGGGUCAUUUGCACCAAAAAGGAGGAGGGGUCAUGAGCAGAAGUGAAAGCAGGAGAGAAGCAUAGGGGUGUGAGGAGUGCGAUUGUCGCCCCAACAGUCGUGUUUUGUACUUGUAGUGCAUUUUGGAGGCUUGCUGUAACCAUAAUUAGCGAGUCGCCCAGCGAUGGGUAAUAACGUUGCCAACGGCCCGUAAAAUGAGUAGCC